CCCUAUCGAUAAAUUCUAAAAAAAAAAACAAAAAAAAAAACGACGAGUGAGUAUCGCGAAUCGCGACGAAAUAUUAACCCUCUCCACCCCGGCAGUAAAAGGAAUUACACAAAAAAAAGGGAAGCGUUACGUAGUCGUUUGCCCACAACCAAAAUGGCGGCUAACGCGCUCCUCCCGGCUCCCGUAGUGUGGAUUGGGUAUUGUGGGCACGGAAUCCCCAGGGCUGCCCUCCGAUCCGUCUCCGCGCAUGCGCAACAGGAAACUCCAUAAUCUAGCUGUAAGGAGCCCAAGGAAGGGGAAAAACAGCCACUGAGAAGAGAGAGAGGCAGGGGGAGCUGGGAAAUCUACGAGCACAGGCCUGAGCCAGCCAGCUGCAUUACCUACCCCUAGCCUGAGAGCCGACCGAGCCCCGGGGGGCCACACAGCUUUUCUGGACACUACAGCCGGAGCCCAGUGACACCACCACCACCACCCCCCACUGCCAGCCAGGAGAAGCCUACAAGGAGGGGCAGCCCUGCCAGGACAGCAACAACAACAAUAACAAGAAUGAGAGGGAAGCAGUAGAGCCCAGCUGGGGAGGGGGAUCCUUAUUGCUCUUUGUUGUGGCAUUUAUUAACCCCCUCAGGCCCGAAGGCUGCUGCCUGUCACCCUCACAAGUUCAUCUGCUGGAGAAAAUAUGGAACCCUAGCAAUUCCAGCGCCAUCCUCUCACAGCUCCAAAUCAACACUAAGGGAGCAGGUGAAGAACACCCAACUCUGCCCACUUCCCACAACGGGAACCUGACACACAGCCACUGCGCCAUGCUGGGCCGUGAGGAUCGGAUGCAGACCUAACGCCCAUACUGUGCCGCAAUGAGCAGGUACAAGAGAGAAGAGAGAACAAAAUGAAUGGCGGCAGUGAAAGUGGAGGAGGAGAUAACUAUGGAGGGGCCCCGAUGGUCCAGGUGCCGAUUGGUUGGCACAGGAGGGUGGAGCCAGGCACUGUGGUGUACGUCAGUCCCAGUGGUACAGUUCUUACCUCUAUGGAACAGUUGCGGACCUACCUAGUAACUGAUGGAACUUGUAAGUGUGGGCUGGAGUGUCCCCUGAACAUCUAUAAGGUUUUUAACUUUGACCCAAGAGCAGUAGUGAAACGGCGUAGCGCAGAAGACGUGAAGGCUGAAGAGGAUAUGACCAAACUCUGUAACCAUCGUAGGAAAAUUGUAGCCCUUGCAACUCUGUACAAAAGCAUUGAGAGUACACCCCUUGCACUACAAAGUCAAGCUGCUGGAUGUGGCUCAAGUCAGAACUUUAAUUCAACAUCCACCAGCCCAAAGAUGGGGCAGCACCCUUGUUCCCUGGAUCCUGACAUUUUCACCAAACUGAUGAUGGAAAAGGCCCACAACAUGCCUGCUCACCACUUGGAGAAACCUCUGGAUCACAAGUCAGAUACUUUCUCUCCCCAUCCUGGAGAAAGGUACUCUGACUUGAGAUCCAACCAGCGGCCUGUCUUAGCCAGGCAGCAUGGGGCUUCUCUUAGUGAGUCCUAUGCCUUAAGGAACUGUCCGCCAAUGCCAUCAAAUGGUAAUUACGAGGUGUUUUCAAGGACUCCACAAGCCAUAUCUCAUGAGCUGUGUACCAGUUCUUUUACACAACUUAAGUCUUCCCAGAAUCGGCCUUCCUACCCUUCAUAUAGUCAAGAACUUUCAGGCCUGUCCCCCAAACCAUUAGCUCUUAAUACUUGUAGUUUUGUGCCGGGUGGCACCUUUAAUCGGACGCUUGAAGAAUCUAUUCAGGGCUCACGGCGCCCUUUUGUCUUUCCUGAGAAAGAUCCACUGGGUAUAUUGGACUCAAACAGUUGUAGGCCACCUAGCCCAAAGCCCCAUGUAUUGAACUCUCCCCCCUUAAUUCAGUCUCAGGUCCCCUUAAUGAACACUCACCCUACUCCUGAACACAACCCAGGCAACCAUUCAUCCACAGCCCUACCCCCUCCAUUUUCUCCUUUUACCCGUAGUGGCGCUCUCACAUCUCCCUCUACUACUAGGUCCUCCAUAUCCUCCAUUUCGUCUCCAGCUGGCAGUGUGGAGCCGUCCCCUCAGCGUUCCCGCCAUUCAUCUGCCUCCUCCGAGCACUUUCCUGCACCCAUAAGGUCAAGCUCAAGAUCUCCACGACCUGUCAGCUCCCCUAAGCGCUCUGUGCCCCACAGUCCAAAAGCAAUACUUGAAGGCCUCCCUACCUUUGGGCAGGCCCAACUGGGAUCCUCUUCAAAUGCCAGCCAUGCCUUAACCCACCAAAGCAAUAAAACAGCACCACCGGUGUCUUUGGGAGCAGCGCAAGGCUUACUGGGCUUUCCCCUCGGAUGCAUAUUGGGUCAGCAAAGCAAUGCUUCCUUUCCUGCUAGCAGCCUUCUCACAGCAGCUGCCAAGGCCCAAAUGGCAAAUCAAACCAAACCUGAAGCCUCAGCCCCUAGCACUUUACCCAGCCGAGUGCUGAAUCCCAAUACUUUGCUUUCUGCAAGCGUCACACAAGAAGGUCGGGCCCUUCCCAGCAGGACUCAUUCCCAGAAAAGGGAUUUAAUGGUGAAGCGCAAAAGACAAAGGAAUUCUCCAGGUCUGGAUGCAAGUCCUCAAGAUGUUAGUGGGCACAACCCUACUAGUCCUAGUGGGCUCUCUAAAUUGAAUUCAUAUUCAAAGUUAACAGGAACUGGGGGGCAGGUUGAGGAAGACAUGGGAAGAUCCAAAGCCAUCCAUUCUCACUCUGUUUCUGGUAAUGCUCCCCCUUCUCUUUCAAUGCCUCGGUCAUCAGUAGAGGAGUCCCCAAGCCAAAGCAAAACUCCAAGUCUGUCUCCAGCAUCCCAAGAUAUCAGCAACCAUCUUCUUGGCCUUGUAGGGCAACUAGUCCAGACUUCUACGGAGCUGAACUCAGGGACUUCUUUACCACUGAAGUUACCAUCUACACCUACUAGCACUAAUCCAACAUCCUCUUCUGGCCGACCCAGUCAGUCUCCAGUACCAAAGUCUCCUGUCCCUAGCCUACUCCAGAGCAAUGUUGCAGAAGGCAGCACAGAGCUACCAUGUUCUCUAAGUAAUGCUGGGGAUAGCUUUUCUUUUUUGGGACAGGAGCAUGUGAUGCCAUUUUCUGCUACCCCUGCCCUGUUAAACUUAGCAUUGCUGGGGUCAUUGCCGCUUUCCCUCGGCUUAAAUCAGCACCAACAGCUUCUUAACCAAGGUUUGCUUAAUUUACUUUCCUCCUCUUUAUUGGGUAGUGCAGAACUUGGCCUAUUGGGACUCCAAAACCCACCUAUGGCAUUGCCUUCUGCUAUGGGUGACCCUGACUCCAAUGCUUUGCAGGCUUUGUUAAUGGCAUCACUACUACAAAAUCCCCUUUUACCACUGGGAGGGCUUGGACUACCGCACCUUGAUCUUCCACCUCAAAACCAACAGCAAAGCGCCCUCUUGUCAUCCCUUGCACCUUUGUUGGACUCUUUGCCUAAUCCGCAGAAUGACACAGCCGAGAAACAUGAGACACCACUCACCUUGCCUGAGACGUUCCCUGAAAACGCCCUUCAACCAUUGCUAUUCCCACCUGUCUCUGCCUCUCCAGCCCUCAUGGCUUUGAAUUCAGCACUACUGGCUGCCAGUCUUGGGGCUGUUGACUCCUCUGCCUACCCUGGACAGAGCUGUAUCAAUACCUCCUGUACGGGAUCUGGCUCCAUUACUACAACCACUAACUCACCUGCCUUAUCAGAAGGGAAACUCCCUCAGUCCGAACCACACAGCCCAUUCCACCUCCAACAGCCACAACCACCGGGCCGGCUUAACACUCUGAUGCCGCCUCUUCUCAACCCGCUGCUUACUGCUGGAUUGUUAGGAGAUCUUGCAGCGCUGAACACUAGCACAAGUGCCCCGAUGGGAAGCCUACAUUCUCUUUUGGGGGCACAGGCCCUGCUACAAAACCAGCAGGCCUUUUUGCCUUCUCUUCCGGGGGCUCUAGGAUUGCAGUUCUUCCAGGGACAGUCUGUUUUGCAAGGACAACGCAGCAACAACCAGAACCAUUUAUCCUCCACAUCAGAGAAAGACGUCAACCCUUCCCCCCACCCAGAAAUCUGCAUUACACCUACAUCUCAAAUGCCAUCAAACCCUCAGCAAGCUUUGGACUCAAGUUUUCCCUCACAACAAGUUGAUAUGACGAACAAGUCUCAAACUUUGCCGCUCACCCCCUUGCGGCCUGGUUCUUUUGUCUCCAACACCUCAAGUGCCUUUGAAUCCUGCCCCAUCCCCAAAGGCCCCCCUUUUCAGGGACCAGUCCGCACUGACCUUCCUCCAGACACACCUUCUGACCCCCCAAGAACUGGUACAUUAUCCCAGUCAAUGGACCCAUCUGUCUCAGAGACAGAACCAGAGGCAUCUCCACUGAAAAAGUGCAGACUGCUGACUGAUUCUGUUGUUCCCUCUGAGAUCCCUAAUGGAGCUUCCCCAAACAUCCUCCCAUGGAUGGGUUCCCCUCACUCAUCCAGCACAUUAAAUCUUCCUGAAAUGGAUCUGUCUAAGGGCAAAGAGAGGGGUUUCAGAUUCAAUGGUCGAUCUCGAGCUGAGAGAUCCUAUGGUCGUCGGCCACGUGGUGAUAGGUUAUCCAGCUCCAGGCACACUUACUGGAAAUAUAAUGGGGAAGAAACCUUGCAGAAUGAUGGAGAGGAAGCAGGACAGAGCCAGGAAAUCACACAACCAGUACUGGGAAUCCCUCCAUUUACUCACCAUUGGCACGAGGAAGGAGAACAGCCAAGGGAGCAGGAGGUGGAUGUGCCACCCCAGCUGCUGAAACGCUCCCGUAGAGGAAGAAGAAGAGGCCAAAAUUCCCAGAGGAUUGGUUCCCGUAUAGAAGCUGUUCCUGCAAAAUGGCCAUCUAUGGAUCCCGCCAAUGGUUUAAAUGCUGAACGUCCCAUUAUCCGCCAGAACCGCCCUGGUCGUCCAGCCAAGAACAGACGGCGAAGGAUCAUUUAGAAUUAACCCCGCUCAUUCUCAAUACCUGACCCUGCAGACCAGUAUCUGUUACUCUUCACCUCAAAGGCACUUCCCUGCUCCCCAGCCUAUGCCACAUUUUAUUUUCAUUCAGUGAGCGAGAGGCAAAGCUUUUAUUUAUGACACCCCAAAAUCUCCUGUCCUGAGAGGCUGCACCGGUGGGAAACUAGGGCACCCUGUCCGUACAGUCACACAGCUUUUCUCCAGUGAGAGGCCUAAGCCCGGCCCAGUAAGCUCCAUUUACAGUGCUUUAUUUAGUGUUGGGACUUUGUGUAAUUCGGAUCAUUAUAUGAGAUUGUGUUAUGAAAGGUAUAUCGUUUGACAUAUUAUAGAUAUUUAAAGUACCCCUUUAUUCUUGUAGGAGGGGGAGGGCUGGCAUAUCUCUGUGGUUUUCACAGAUGCCAUGAUCCCCACUUCUCAAUUCUCUUGUUUGUAGAUAUUAUUAUUUAGUUUGGAAUUUGACAACCUGAAAUAGGCUCAAAAAAACACUGUAAUCUGGUGUAGGUACCUAGUGGCCCCCCCUCCUGGUAUUGGCAUAAAACUCCCAGCAGGUAUACUAGAGGUCGAUGGCCACUAGGUGCCUACACCUACUUGCUAGAAAAUACAUGAGCCAUAAAGUCAUUCUAAUAGGCUCCUAAAAGCACAAUCUGCAUUGUCCACUUCCUCUUACAUCUUAUUGUCCAUUACACUAUUUUAAUUUAUUUAUUCUAGUUUUUUAUGUAUGUUUUUCUCCCUCUUCUUUCUGUUUUUCUGGUACUUUUGGUUUGGAAAUGUCACAUGUCGAUGUCCUAGCCACUAAUGCACAUAUCCCAUAUUUUGUUGGUUUUCUAGUUGCUUGGGCUUGUACUCUUUGCCCAAAUCUUACUUUAUGGCAACUUUACAACCCCCGCCACUCCUAGCUGUAGAAUUUGUCACCUCUCCACAACUCCCAUAUACUUCAAUGCAGCAAAACAGGUCACAGGACCCCACUUACCUCCACAAUAGGUGCAGACUGCACUUCUAAAAUAUUCACCUAUAAAGCAUUCGUAGCAUAUUUUGUGAAUUUGACAUGGAUGUAUUAGUUGAGAAUGCACAUUUUAACUACGAAAGCAGUGU